CAUGGGAUUUGUAGUUGUAAAGUCGGCGCUUCGUUCGUGCUUGGCAACAUUGCACCUCUUCCGUUUGGACUGAACUCAGCUCGCAGUUGAUAGAAAAUGAAGUCGGAUGUGGAGGAGUUAAUGCCGAGGCUGCUGCCCGUUGAGUUUGGACCCAGUGCAGAGGACCUGGACCUGAAUGAACCGCCGAGAAACCCCCGGGAAUACCUCCGACAAGUCCAGUUGGAGGCAUCACAAUGUCCGGAGGUGGUGGUUGCUCAGAUUGACCCCAAGAAACUGAAGAAGAAACAAACAGUUAAUGCCUCUGUGGCAGGCUGUCAUGCGGCUCCAGUGGGUUUCUCCCCCAGUCUCAAUUGGCAGCAGCAGCAAGUCAGUAACUUCUCCGAUGUCAGACAGAGCAUCACAAAGAACAGGAAACACUGGAGCAGGCAGACUCUGGACGACAACGUGCUGAUGCCAAAGCUAACAGAUGAGGAGGGCUGGAAGAGGUUUUGUUUAGGAGAGACGGUCUAUCUGGGUACUUCGUCCUGUCACACAGAUGCUGAACCAGAGCCGGCACUGGACUAUAGCAAGGUGGGCUUCCCUCCCUUCCUAAGCAUAGUGAGCAGACUGAACCAGUCCACAGUGCUGAUGGUGAUGGAGAUUCUGAUCAGUUGGUUUGAAGAACAUGAGUUUGUUCCUCAGUUGGGUCGCUGGUUGUAUUCUUUGUUGGCCUGCCUGGAGAAGCCCCUGCUGCCUGAAGCCCACUCCUGCAUCAGACAGUUGGCUAGGAGAUGUGCUCAGCUCCGCAGCACACUGGAGAGUCAGGAGGAUGAGAAACUGCCUGCCCUCAACCUGCUCAUCUGUCUUGUUGCCAGAUACUUCGAGCAGAAUGACCUGGCAGACCAGCCGGAGUGAACGCAGGGUUGAACUGUAGCGACUGGUAUCAACAAGAUAUUGAGGAGUAUGUUGUUACUGAUGCAGCAUUCAGGCAGCGGGCUCUACAGUCAAACAACAAGAAACCCACGGGAAAUUAAAGAUGGAGGCUUUUUGCCAGCACAGUAAAAUCAGUGGAAAGAAUGGAGGCAACAGUGCACACAACCAUGUAGGUGGUGGCUCUGCACGAGAUGGAAUCAACGUUGAGGACAGAAGAGUGGAUCGUGAACUCAACCUGUAUUAUUUCAAGUAACUUGUAUGGACCUCUGCUGAUACAACUGGACCGAAGCCAAAGCAGUAUGAUGAUUAUUUUUAAGAGGAAAAUUCAUAUUUUUUUCUUUGUGAAUUCAGUCCUGAGGUUCAUGGUUCUAUAAAGUGUAAAAAUGUGUCUAUUAAACUGAAGAUUUGUAGGAAAAC